GUCGCUUUCCCAGCCGAGGCGACCCGCAGCCAUGGCCGGCCUGGACUUCGGGGUCACUAUCGCACUGCUGUGGGUCCUGCUGCUGGGGGCGGCGCGCUUACCGCAUGGGGCAGAAGCUGCUGAGAUUGCUCUGCCCCAAGGAUGCGGCAUUAUAGUUCUCAUAAAGCUGGGGACACCAACUUUGCCAGUGAAACCCUGUUACAUUGUCAUUUCUAAAAGACAUGUAACCAUGUUGUCCAUCAAACCUGGAGAAAGAGUAGUCUUUACCUUUAGCUGUGAGAGUCCAGAGAAUCACUUUGUCAUAGAGAUCCAGAAGAAUAUUGACUGCAUGGCAGGCCCGUGUCCUUUUGGGGAGGUUCAGCUUCAGCCCUCGACGUCGGUGUUGCCCGCCCUGAACAGAACUUUCAUCUGGGAUGUCAAAACUCGUAAGAGCAUCGGUCUAGAGCUGCAGUUCUCCAUUCCUCGCCUGAGGCAGAUCGGGCCGGGCGAGAGCUGCCCAGAUGGAGUCACUCACUCCAUCAGCGGUCGCAUCGAUGCCACCGUGGUCAGGAUCGGCACCUUCUGCAGCAAUGGCACUGUGUCCCGGAUCAAGGUGCAAGAGGGAGUGAAAAUGGCCUUACACCUACCAUGGUUCCACUCCAGAAACGUCUCUGGCUUCAGCAUUGCAAACCACUCAUCUAUAAAACGACUGUGCAUCAUCGAAUCUGUGUUUGAGGGUGAGGGCUCUGCAACCCUCAUGUCUGCCAACUACCCAGAAGGCUUCCCUGAGGAUGAGCUCAUGACCUGGCAGUUUGUCGUCCCUGCACACCUGCGUGCGAGCGUCUCCUUCCUCAACUUCAAUGUCUCCAACUGCGAGAAGAAGGAGGAGCAGGUUGAGUACUACAUCCCAGGCUCCACCACCAACCCCGAGGUGUUCAGGCUGGAGGAUAAGCAGCCCGGGAACAUGGCUGGGAACUUCAACCUCUCCCUGCAGGGCUGUGACCAAGAUGCCCAAAAUCCAGGAAUUCUCCGGCUGCAGUUUCAAGUUUUGGUUCAACAUCCACAAAAUGAAAGCAAUAAAACGUACGUGGUUGACUUGAGUAAUGAGCGAGCCAUGUCCCUCACCAUCGAGCCUCGGCCAGUCAAACAGAGCCGCAAGUUUGUCCCCGGCUGCUUCGUGUGUCUAGAGUCUCGGACCUGCAGUACCAACCUCACCCUGACUCCUGGCUCCAAACACAAGAUCACCUUCCUUUGUGAUGACCUGACACGCCUGUGGAUGAACGUGGAGAAGACCAUAAGCUGCAUGGACCACCGGUACUGCCACAGGAAGUCCUACCCACUCUGGGUGCCCAGCAAUAUCCUCCAGCUGCCUGUGCAGCUGCAUGACUUCUCCUGGAAGCUGCUGGUGCCCAAGGACAGGCUCAGCCUGGCGCUGGUGCCGGCCCAGAAGCUGCAGCAGCAUACACACGAGAGGGGCUGCAGCACCAGCUUCAGCUACCUGGUGGCCAGCGCUGUCCCCGGCCAGGACCUGUACUUCGGCUCCUUCUGCCCUGGAGGCUCUAUAGAGCAGAUCCAGGUGAAGCAGAACAUCUCGGUGACCUUUCGCACCUUUACCCCCACCUUUCAAAAAGAGAUCUCCCAGCAGGGCCUGAAUGUGUCCUAUAUACCAUACUUCAAAGAGGAAGGCAUUUUCACAGUGACCCCAGACACAAAAAGCAAAGUCUACCUGAGGACCCCUAACUGGGACCGUGGCCUGCCAUCCCUCACCUCAGUGUCCUGGAACAUUAGCGUACCCAGCGACCAGGUGGCCUGCCUGACCUUUGUCAAGGAGCGGACCGGCGUGGUUUGCCAGACGGGGAGAGCAUUCAUGAUCAUCCAGGAGCAGCGUGCUCGGGCCGAGGAGAUCUUCACCCUGGAGGAGGACGUGCUCCCCAAGCCAAGCUUCCACCAACACAGCUUCUGGGUCAACAUCUCUAACUGCAGUCCUGUCAGUGGCAAGCAGCUGGACCUGCUCUUCUGGGUGACACUUGCCCCAAGGACUAUGGACCUGACAGUCAUCAUCAUCGCAGUGGUGGCAGGUGGAGCCUUACUGCUGUUUGGCCUGGGACUCAUCAUUUGCUUUGUGAAAAAGAAGAAAAAGAAGAUUAACAAGGGCCCUGCCGUGGGUAUCUACAAUGGCAACAUCAAUACGCAGUUGCCAAAGCAGCUAAAAAAGUUUCAAAAGGGACGAAAGGAUAAUGACUCCCAUGUGUACGCAGUCAUCGAUGACACCAUGGUGUACGGGCAUCUACUACAGGGUUCUAAUGGUUCCUUCCUCCAGCCUGAGGUGGACACCUACCGGCCCUUCCAGGGCCCCAUGGGGGACUGCCCUCCCUCCCCACCCCACAUAUGUUCCAGGGCGCCGACUGCAAAGCUGACCACAGAUGAGUCACCCCCUUGCUUCCCUCCUGAAUCUGAGAACGAACCAUACACAUUCUCCCACCCCAGCAAUGGGGAUGUGCCCAGUGGGAACACAGACAUUCCCCUGCUGGAUACCCAGGAGCCAGUGGAGCCAGCAGAAUAACUUGCACCCAUCCCAAAGACUUUGCUGAGGUGCAUAAGUCAGGGCACUAAGAUACCCUUUAGUGUUCCUCCCAGAAAUCCUAAAGAAGAGGAAUUAUAUGGAAGGAACAGCAGAAUGUUUUCCUGGAUACCACCAACUUCAGAUUUCUCAGAGGACUCAUUCCAAUGAUGAGACGUUGAAAAUGAUGAGUUCUGACCUGGAUACAGUCUUUGCAGUUCAUGUCCUUCUAAACCCAGGUUGUUUUGUAAAUCAGCUGCAACAAGAGGAGAGAGGCGUGAGUCACCCAGCACAGGGUUGCAGUGAGCCCUGGAUUCGGAGUGAUAAACAGAAGCUUACUCUCUUUGGAGCAACGAUUCUGAUUCCUAGGAGAACACCUGAGGUCCCUGCUCUCAUUGGGGUCCCUGGAUGAAAAUGACAGUGUGCCUUUUUACUAUUAUUAUUUAUUUGGUGUAUUUAAGAGGUGAGAUGUGUAAUCACACAGCUCUUUUCACCUGACUUAGUAACAACUCAUGCUAAAUGGUUUGGAUGGCUGGAUUUUGACUUCUGCUGACCACUAGAUAAACUGGGAGGUGGGAAUAACUUGCAAUCUGUACAGCCAGAAAAGGGUGUGUGUGUUUGAGCAACGUUGACACAGAUCUGCUUUGAUAAGAGACUUCCUGGCUCUCUCAGUCUGCAUGUGGUUAUCCCACUGCAGAAAUUCGAGUCUCAUUGUCCAUUAGUCCUAGAAAUAAGAGAAAUUUCUUCAAGUUACUAUGUGUGGCUCUCCCACCUGCAGCAAUUCUUUGACAUUCAGACAGAAAUUUAUAGAAUAUAUUCAUCUUCUAAAAAAGUUUAAGUACUCAUAUAUACCAGAGAGUGGCCACCUGUAUUAGUUUCCUAUUGCUGCUGUAACACAUUACUUGGUGGCUUAAAAACAACACAGAUUUGUUACCUUACAGUUCUGGAGAUCAGAAUUCCAAAGUGGGUUUCACAGAGCUAGACUCAAGAUGUCAGCAGAGUUGUGCUCCUUCUGAAGGCUCUAGGGAGAAUCGCUUCCUUGCCUUUUCCAGCUUCUAGAGGCUGCCCACUUUCCUCGACUCCCAUGGCUGUUCAGGUCUUUCUCACAGGGCAUCAAUAUGACACUGACUCUCCUGAUUCUCUCUCUCUCUUAUAAAGCCCACCCAGAAAGUGCAGGAUAAUCUCCCCAUUUCAAGACCCUUAACUUAAUCACAUUGGAAAAGUCCCUAUUACCAUGUAAGGCACCAUACCCACAGGUUGGGAUUAGGACAUGGACACCUUUGGGGUAACAUUAUUCUGCCUACCACACCUUCCUGCUACUGACUCCCACGGGACCAGUAAAAUGACCCAGCCCACAGAGGUGUUUUGUUUCGCUUGCAGAGUCUUUUUAAAGAAUUAGUUACUAACAUCUAAAAUUACAAAAAUUUUACAUAAAAGUCUAAAUCAGAAGAUCUGGCCAUGAUGGGGCUCACAUUCUCACCUAGCAACAACUGGCUGGAGCUGAGCAGCAGCUCUGCCUUAGAUGGGGCAUCUAGGUCACCAGUUCACCACAGUCCCCACCACUCCCUGUCGCCUCCCACAGUGAGGCUGUUUGUUGCUAUUGACCAAUGUCCCUGCACAGCUGCCUUUCUUGUAAUGGAAAGGAAAGAUUGGGACGCAGAUCUCUUAUCAAGAGAGAAGAUAGUAUACUAAUUACCAGCCCGGCUCCAGUGGGUGUUUGCCUCUGUGACCCCAAUCUAAUCUGGGAGGAGAGGGAUUGAUUGUUAUAGCUUGUCAGCACAGUCCAAAGUUCAAUAUUACUACGGCAAAAACCUCCUUUGAAAAAUAAAUGCACUUCAUUGUGUUCGGUGAAUUCACCUUGGAUCCGCAGCACCUCUGCUUGUUCACGUGGCCUCAAUGAAAAGGUUUAGUCUCCUAAACGGUGUGUACCCCAAGGUCUCUUGAACGCAUUCCAGAAGGGAGAGGAUUUUUUUUUUUUUUUUUUUUUUUUAUGCCCUCGGUGCUGCCAGUGGCACCUUCCCUUUCUGAAAGGCUGGCUCCUGCCCGGUUGCCCUUGGCUCUUGACCCGAGGUGCUGACGAACCCCCUCCGUGAAGGGCCGGCAGAGGGCCAUGGCCUCCCGCCCUCGGCUGAAGGAAGCUUGCCUGCAGUGUGCAUGCUGAGCCUGGCCCUCCGUUCUCUACCUUCCCAGCCCCCUGCUUUUCCGGUUCCUCUCAGUACGCCAAGCUCCCGACGGGGUGGCAGGCCAUCUUUGGGCUAGCAGGCUGCCGCAUGUGUCACCGGCACUAGCAAGGGCCCCGUGAGGCCAUUUUCUUUUAACUGAGGGCUCCGAACUCUGGGCCAAGUUGCUGGCUUCCUGAGACCUCAGAUGGAUUUAGUGUUUUCUGAAGCUGUGCCUCAGUGAAGGGGCCCAGCCUGAGUAACCCUGGUGCUUUUCUUUUAAGCCCAGGCCCUACUUAGGUGAAACAUUUCGGGAUCCCUGGCAACCGGGCAAAUGCCAUUUGUUGACGCCUACUGUGUGCAGCACAGUGCCCUUCCACCCCAGGCAUGCCGAUGCCCAGCUACCUUCGCUAGUGCCACCUGCUGUGCCUGCGUGGAGGGCCACUCACGAAUGCCACGGCCCUGCCACAGAGGGGAAGGGUCUCAAGGAAGAGUCAGGAGAGACGAGCGUAGGCCCAUCGGACAAAGCCUUGGUAAAGGUUAGAGGACUGGUUUGUGUGAAUCUGCAGAGCUUAGCUGGAAAUUAUUUAUUCAUUGUAGAUACUUUUUAGGUAGCAUUUGUUCUUUUCCUAUACUUUUUUAA